CUCACCGUCCCCUCUCCCGCUCAACCUCAGUUUCCUCGUCUGAGACUGAAGCCGGAGCCCUCAGGCCUGCAGCUGCAACCAGAGGUCACAAGUUGGCCCACGGAAGCCGAACCCAAGCCGGAAACCAGGUUGAAUUCGUUGCUACCGUUAAAGAUUGAGUCAAGGACAUUUUGAGAGAAUAAAGUAAGGGGCCGCGCGCUGUAUGUGUGUGUGUGUGUGUGUGUGUUUGCAUAUGCACACCUGUCCAAGGAAGGAAACGAGAUUGGUGAUGAGGGUGACCUACUAUCUAUUCAAAAAUAAAUGUAUUUAAAAAGAAACACCUCAAAAUUAGAAAGGCUAGAUCAUGAACAGUUACCCAAAAAGGAAAAUAAUGAGAUUUUGCCCCCCAGUGCAGAUUUGGAAAAUGGGAAGAAUUGGUAACACUGGGCCUGAAUUCCGUCCAGCACGGCCAUAACCGCCAGAGCCGAGUCGGGGACCCCCACAGGUGAGGGCCUGUGCCUGGCCCACCUCACUCAGAGGGGCUCUUCCCUCCUGCACCUUGGACUUGGUCCUCAGGUCUUGCCACGUCAUCUGGGUUUCUGGCCCUGGAGGGACCUUCUGGCCCUUGAGUGGGGGUGUCGGAAACAGGCCUCUGGCACUGGCCCAAGCAGAGUCGAUGGUGCCUUCUUUGGGGUGAGCAGCCAGCUGACUCCCAGUGGCACCUGCAUCCCUGUGACGGAACUGCCAGGGCCCAGGCCGCCUGGACCGACUUCAUCUCAUGGAGCCUCAGGAGGAGAAGCCAGGAGAGGCUGAUGGGGUGCGUAUCACGCCCCAGCUGCUCAAGGCGCGCUCCGGCGAGUUUGCCCUGGAGUCCAUCCUGCUGCUGAAGCUGCGGGGCCUGGGGCUGGUGGACCUGGGCUGCCUGGGCGAGUGCCUGGGCCUCGAGUGGCUGGACCUGUCGGGCAACGAGCUCACCCAGCUGGGCCCACUGGCCUCCUUGCGCCAGCUGACUGUGCUCAACGUCGCCAAUAAUCGGCUGACAGGGCUGGAGCCACUGGCCGCCUGUGAGAACCUGCAGAGUCUCAAUGCCGCGGGCAACCUGCUGGCCACCCCUGGCCAGCUGCAGUGUCUGGCCGGACUGUGGGGCCUCGAGUACCUGCGCCUCUGGGACCCUCUGGCCCGGCUCAGCAACCCGCUGUGUGCCAGCCCCUCCUCGGCUGUGGUCCGAGAGCUGCUGCCGGGCCUGAAGGUCGUCGAUGGCGAGCGUGUGACAGGGCGUGGCAGUGAGUUCUACCAGCUGUGCCAGGACCUGGACAGCUUCCUUGCACCGAGCUCCAGUCCGGGCCCCAGAGCCACAGAGGCCCAGCCCUGGGUGGAGCCCGGGUACUGGGAGUCCUGGCCUACCCGGAGCAGCUCCAUCCUGGAGGAGGCCUGCCGGCAGUUCCAGGACACGCUGCAGGAGUGCCACGACCUGGACCGCCAGGCCAGCGACAGCCUGGCCCAGGCCCAGCAGGCGCUCAGCCUUGCGGGCAACCACCUCGUCCUUUCAUCUUCUGAAUGCGCCCCAUGGCUGUGGCCAGAGACAGCCUGGCACGUGACUCUGGGGUUGGCACUUCGUGGCCUAGCUGCCCUGUCCCUCCUGCCUCUGCACUUGCCUUCACGUUUCAUCAUGGUGGUCACUGGCCCUGCAAACUGGGCUCUUUCCUGAAUCUCUGUGCCUAAGAGCAGCCGCCUCCCUCCCUCUCCUACCUCAAGGAAAAUCCACACCCUCCGCCCACAUACUUCAGGGACACACCUCCUGAGUGGCCUGUAGCAGGUGGAAGGGCCUUCCAGCAGCAGCUGGCAUAGUGUGAGGCUGUCCUGCCACCUACACUGGGCGCCUGGGAGGAGGCCCCGUGCUGAGCCCGUGUCCAGAUCUGUUCCACUCCUGGCUGCUGGGGCCUGAGAUUUAGUGGAAGAAGUUGCUUCUUCCUAAGGCUAAAGGUGAGAAGGGCAGGAUGGCGUGCCUCCUGUCGCAGCUGGCCCUGGGAGAGGACGUGGGUAGGGCAUGGAAGCUGGCUUUACCCACCUUCAAAUUUGCCUGUCCAAAUGACCCUGUGCUGUGGGCCCCCUAGUCCUGUGUCUCCCUGGGGCCUUCACUGCCCAUUCUCCCCACGCUAAUUCCUAUUAAUAUUCUGUUUUAAUUUGCAUCACUGCCUGUCAUUUCAAACAGGUGUGCUUGGUUUUUGCCAAGCAUGAGCUCCUGAAAGCAAG